ACUUUCAUCCAAACUCUUACAUUGGACCAAAAUGGCCUCCUGUCCGCCGUGUCUCGCGCUCGCUCUGCUUUUCUUCGCCUUUCCGCUGGUCUCUCGCGCGCAGUAUGAGAAGUAUAGCUUCCGCAGCUUCCCCCGCCACGAGCUCAUGCCGCUGGACUCCGCGUACCGCCACGCGCUGGACCAGUACACCUCGGAGAAGUGGCCCGACGCGGUGGAGUAUCUGGAGGUGAGUCUGCGUUUGUACCGGCUGCUACGCGACAGCGAGGCGUUCUGCAACCUCAACUGCAGCUCGGUGCGUCUGGACGACGAGAGCCGCUUCGACGCUUUUCCGGAGCUGCGCGCCUUCGGUAACGUGAUGAAGCGCGCGCAGUGCCUGAAGCGCUGCAAACAGGGCCUGCCCGCGUUCCGCCAGACCCUGCCAAGCCGCGAGACCGUGGAGGACUUCGAGAGACGCGAGCCUUACAAGUACCUGCAGUUCGCUUACUUCAAGAGUGACAAACUGGCCAAAGCCGUGUCUGCAGCCCACACUUUCCUGCUGAAGCAUCCUGAUGAUGAGAUGAUGCAGAGGAACAUGAACUACUACAAGAGCCUGCCAGGUGCGGAAGAACAUCUCAAAGACCUGGAGACCAAGUCAUAUGAGGCACUGUUUAUUCGAGCAGUCCGGGCAUAUAACGGUGAUAACUACCGCACAUCUGUGGCAGAUAUGGAGCUGGCGCUCCGAGACUUCUUAAAGGUUUAUGAUGAAUGUAUUGCUGCCUCGGAGGGUCCCAGAGAAAUCAGAGACUUUAAAGAUUUUUACCCCUCCAUUGCAGAUCACUAUACUGAGGUUCUUGAACGGAAGGUUCAGUGUGAGAGCGAUCUGACCCCCGUUGUUGGUGGAUUUGUUGUGGAGAAGUUUGUGGCAACUAUGUAUCACUACCUGCAGUUUGCCUAUUAUAAAUUGAAUGACCUGAAGAAUGCAGUUCCGUGUGCUGCCAGCUACAUGCUCUUUGACCCAAGUGAUGAGGUGAUGAAGAAUAAUGUGGUGUAUUAUCAGUUCCACAGAGAGAAGUGGGGACUCAAUGAUGAAGACUUCCUACCCAGACCAGAGGCAGUACGGUACCACAAUCAGACGACACUGCAGCUGCAGAUGUUGAAAUUUGCCAGAGAAAAAUUCCGGCAAGAUGAUGAGGGAGAAGUUUUGGAGUUUCUAGAUGAGGUUCUGGAGGCUGAAGAGGAAUAGGCUAAUGAACAUUUUUUUGCACUGAAAAUAACAAAACCAAAAAGGGAGAAAAAAAACAAAACUAUGAACUAUGAGCAUUUCCAGUGUGAGUAUGUUUGCUAUAUUUAUUUCAGGUGACUGGGGGCCUUUUAAUCUGUAUCUCCCAAGCUUAUGAUCCACAUAAACGCAUUGACAAUAUUAGUACAAUGCAAUGUUACUGAACAAUCACUGUAAUUCUGAGGGACAAAUCAAACUAUGUCAUUUGUUUAUCUUUUAUAAUAAAUUACAGUGUUUUGUAUA